UUGUACUCAAAAGUUUUAGUCGUUUAACUCAGCAGUAAACUUUUUUUGACGUCGUUUUUAGGGUAUUGAUGUUGUUUUCGUAGGGUGAAACGGAAUUGGAAUCUCUUCAGGCUGUGUUUGGUUGGGGGGAAUGAAAAGGAAAAGCCAUUCUUUGCUCGACCACCGAACUCCAGCCAUUGACCAUCGACGCCAUGGCUUCGAAGCUCCCGAACCAACUCCGAGCUCUCUACGCAUCCACCACCCGUCACCGGCUUCUCUCUCCUCGAUUCCCGAACCCUAACGAAGCUUUCCGAGACCUCCUUCUCGGUUCCAAUGGCAGACUCUUCUCGGACGAAAGAAAUUUGAAUUUCUAAUUUCUAAUUUCCAAUUUUCCAAAUCGAAAGAAAGAUGGCUGAAGAAUCGAUGCGGUCCCCCGUCAGGCUUAUGAAUUUCGUGUCGGAGGAGCAGUUGGAUGAAGCAAAGAGAAGGAAAGGCGAACGCGUCAAAGAUGGCACUGCCCAAAGGGAUAGACCCCUUUACGAGAUUUUAACGGAAAAUAAAGACAAGAAGGACGCUAAAUUCAACGAACGCUUCAAGCACAGGCCUGCUAAAGCUUUGGAUGACGACGAGACUGAGUUUCUUGAAAAAUUAGAACUUCAGUAGCAGUACAGUCUAUGAUUGUACACGAGCUUAAGGAAACGCCUCCUGUUCCCGUAGUCCAGGAACAGAAGGCAGCUGGGAAGAAGAAUCCUCCUGCUCGUCCCAUAGGUAUGAUCAUAAAAGUCAAGCCACAAGCAAAAAAAGCCAGGUUGGAUCAGGGAGGUGUUGAAGAUUCCUCAAAAACAAAGAAAACUGUCGAUAUCAAUACUGCAAAGACAAGAAAUUUGGUACAUUCAUCACUGCUCCUAUGAGAGGAGAAAUCAAAUGUUCUACAUGGAGUGGAGGCUAGUGUGUACAAAUGUUUUCGUAUCUUGUGCUCUCAAUCACAAUUAAGAGCUGUGAAAUGGUCCAUCAGCAUGUAGACCGCCGCUUUCUAUUUUGAUAUAUAUGAGUUAUUAUUUUUAUUCACUCUUCUUUAUCGUAUGAAAAACAACUGAUUUUGACCAAGUUAUGUACAUAU